AGGGACCUGGUAUUCACCUAUAGGCAUAGGCUGUGAGUGGGGGCUACAGGGACCUGGUACUCCCCUAGAGGCAGAGGCUGUAAGUGGGGGCCACACAGGGACCUGGUACUCCCCUAGAGGCAGAGGCUGUAAGUGGGGGCCACACAGGGAUCUGGUACUUCAAUAUAGGCAGAGGUUGUGCGUGGGGGCCACACAGGAACCUGGUACUCGCCUAUAGGCAGAGGCUGUAAGUGGGGGUCACACAGGGACCUGUUUCCUACCCUAUAGGCAGAGGCUGUAAGUGGGGGGCCACACAGGGACCUGGUACUCUCCUAUAGGCAGAGGCUGUGAGUAGGGGGCCACACAGGGUCCUGGUAUUCAUACACGGAGAUGUCGGCCAAGGUACGACUGAAGAAGCUGGAGCAGCUGCUCCUGGAUGGACCCCAGAGGAAUGAAGGGGCCCUAAGUGUGGAGACCUUGCUGGAUGUGCUCAUCUGCCUGUACACGGAGUGCAGCACCUCCACGCUGCGCAGGGAUAAAUAUGUCAGCGAGUUCCUGGAGUGGGCAAAACCGUUUACAAAUCUGCUAAAAGGAAUGCAGCUUCAUAGGGAAGACUUUGAAAUCAUAAAAGUUAUCGGAAGGGGGGCGUUUGGAGAGGUUGCAGUGGUUCGAAUGAAAAGUACAGAACGUAUUUAUGCAAUGAAAAUCCUGAACAAAUGGGAAAUGCUAAAAAGAGCAGAAACAGCUUGUUUUCGAGAGGAGAGAAAUGUGCUGGUAAAUGGUGAUUGUCAGUGGAUUACCGCCUUACACUAUGCUUUCCAAGAUGAAAACUACCUGUACCUGGUCAUGGAUUAUUACGUAGGAGGGGACCUAUUAACGCUUCUCAGUAAAUUUGAAGACCGGCUCCCUGAAGAUAUGUCGAGGUUUUAUCUCGCAGAAAUGGUGCUUGCUAUACAUUCCAUUCAUCAGCUGCAUUAUGUGCACAGAGAUAUAAAGCCAGAUAAUGUUCUCUUGGACAUGAACGGCCACAUCCGCCUCGCUGAUUUCGGAUCAUGUUUAAAGAUGAAUGAUGAUGGAACCGUGCAAUCCUCGGUAGCUGUUGGGACACCUGACUACAUUUCCCCAGAGAUUCUGCAAGCUAUGGAGGACGGAAUGGGGAAGUAUGGACCAGAGUGCGACUGGUGGUCUUUGGGUGUCUGCAUGUAUGAAAUGUUGUACGGGGAAACCCCUUUCUACGCAGAGUCUCUUGUGGAAACGUAUGGAAAGAUCAUGAAUCAUGAAGAACGGUUUCAGUUCCCCUCUCAUAUUGCCGAUGUAUCUGAAUUUGCCAAGGAUCUUAUCCAGAGGCUAAUCUGCAGCAGGGAGCGCAGAUUAGGACAGAAUGGAAUCGAUGACUUUAAAACACACCCUUUUUUCGAAGGAAUCGAUUGGGAAAAUAUCAGGAACCUGGAAGCACCGUACAUUCCCGACGUCAGCAGUCCUUCGGAUACCUCAAACUUUGACGUUGAUGAUGACAUCCUUAGAAACCCUGAAAUGGUCCCACCCAGUACUCACAGUGGAUUUUCAGGAUUCCAUCUACCAUUCGUGGGAUUUACGUACACAACAGACAGUUGUUUUUCUGAUAGAGGCUCCUUGAAGGAAAUCAUUCAUUCUAAUGCUGUGACCAAAGAUGACGAUGUUCAGCGUGGUCUGGAGAACAGCCUGCAGAUUGACGCGUAUGAACGUCGAAUCAGACGUCUUGAACAGGAGAAACUGGAACUAAACCGGAAAUUACAAGAAUCCACACAGGCUGUUCAGUCUCUCCAAGGUUCCUCUCGAACAACCGGGACGUUAAAUCGAGACAAGGAAAUCCGAAAACUGAAUGACGAAAUCGAGCGGUUAAAAAAUAAAUUAUCCGAUUCAAACCGGAUAGAGAGGCAGCUUGAAGAUGCAGUUUCGGUAAGGCAACAACUUGAAGACUCAACAAGCAAAAUGAAAGGACUUGAGAAACAGCAGAGGGCCUUAAAACAAGAGCGGGAUGACCUUUACAAGCAACUGACUGAUGCUCAAGAGAGGUUAAAGUCUCAGACAAAGGAGCUCAAAGAUGCCCACCAACAGAGAAAGCUGGCCCUGCAGGAGUUUUCCGAUCUCAACGAAAAGAUGGCGGAACUGCGCUCCCAGAAGCAAAGGCUAACCCGUCAGCUGAGAGACAAAGAGGAAGAGCUAGAAGUGGUCAUGCAAAAAAUUGAUUCCAUGCGCCAGGAAAUUCGCAGAUCGGAAAAGGCUAGAAAAGAGUUGGAAGCCCAGCUGGAAGAUGCCAGUGCGGAGGCAUCAAAGGAACGCAAACUGCGGGAACAUAGUGAACUUUUCUCAAAACAGUUGGAAAGUGAACUGGAAGCUCUUAAGUUAAAACAGGGAGGUCGCACACCUGUAGUUGCUUUGGAGCACCAACAAGAACUCUCAAAAGUCAAAUCUGAGCUGGAAAAAAAAGUCUUGUACUUUGAGGAAGAACUGUUGAGGCGCGAAACAUCUCAUUCUUUAGAACUUAAAAAUUUAAAGAAGGGGAUCCAUGACUCUGAGAGUCAGCAGCUUGCUUUGCAAAAAGAGAUCCUCAUUUUAAAAGACAAACUCGAGAAAGCAAAGAGAGAGAGGCAAAGUGAGCUGGACGAGGCUGUAGGUACCGUGAAGGAUAAGUAUGAGCGUGAGCGAGGAAUUCUUUUUGAAGAAAAUAAAAAGCUCUCUGUGGAAUCAGAGCGGCUCUCCUCUUUUGUGGAUAAAUUACGUUCACAAAACAGACAAAUGGAGGAUGAACUUCAAGAUCUGACGGCCAAAAAGGAAUCCGUUGCACAUUGGGAAGCCCAAAUUGCUGAAAUUAUUCAGUGGGUAAGUGAUGAAAAAGACGCUCGGGGCUACCUACAAGCUUUAGCAUCAAAAAUGACAGAAGAACUUGAAUCUUUGAGGAGCUCCAGUCUGGGAUCAAGGACCUUGCCUGACCUCUCAUAUCCACAAGGCUUGACCCCUUACAAUUCUGAUAGGCUGGACCCACUCUGGAAGGUGCGACGCAGCCAGAAGCUCGACAUGUCUGCACGACUGGAGCUGCAGUCUGCUCUGGACGCAGAAAUAAGAGCCAAGCAAGUGGUACAAGAAGAGCUGAGGAAAGCAAAGGAAGCAAAUGUUUCAUUUGAAAGCAAACUGAGAGAAGCAGAAUCGAAAAACCAAGAGCUGCAAGAUGAUGUAAGAAGCUUGAAGAAAAAGCUGGAAGAAAAACUAAAAGAUGAUAGCGGAUUGAAACUUCCUGACUUUCAAGAGUCAAUAUUUGAAUAUUUUAACACCUCUCCACUGCCUCAUGACCUUUCGCUGAGAACUAGCACUAUUAUUGAACACGAUAUCCCCUCUUUUAAAUCUGAUGUUUCCCCGUCAUUAUCUGUUCCAUCAGCUUUGGAACAACAUCAAGAGGAGCCGACACCAUCUUUAAAACCUGUCCCUUCUCCCACUUUCACACCAAUCUCCAUCUCGGUCCCAAAGCCUAAAGCCCAUCAGCUUGUAAUAAAGUCCUUCUUGAGCCCGACACAGUGUUCCCACUGCACAUCGCUUAUGGUUGGAUUAGUCCGGCAAGGUUAUGCUUGUGAAGUGUGCCCGUUUGCAUGUCAUGUUUCAUGCAAAGACAGCUCCCCGCAGGUCUGCCCUAUCCCAGCUGAGCAAGCCAAACGGCCGCUUGGAGUUGAUGUACAGAGAGGGAUCGGAACGGCUUACAAGGGCUAUGUGAGGAUCCCGAAGCCAACAGGAGUGAAAAAAGGCUGGCAGAGAGCGUACGCUGUGGUCUGUGACUGUAAGCUAUUUUUGUAUGAUGUUCCAGAGGGAAAGUCUACGCAGCCUGGAGUGAUUGCAAGCCAAGUUGUGGAUCUUAGAGAUGAAGAAUUUUCUGUGAGCUCUGUCCUGGCAUCCGAUGUGAUACACGCCACACGCAAGGACAUUCCAUGCAUAUUUCGGGUGACAGCCUCUUUUCUAGGUUCGCCUAAGACCACAACCUCUUUAUUGAUCCUAACGGAGAAUGAAGUUGAGAAGCGGAAGUGGGUUGGUAUCUUGGAAGGCCUGCAGUCUAUCUUACAAAAGAACAAUCUUAAAAACCAGGUGGUGCAUUGUCCACAGGAAGCAUAUGACAGCACCCUGCCCCUUAUUAAAGCAGCAUCGGCUGCCGCUAUUGUAGAUAAAGAUCGAAUAGCUGUUGGCACAGAAGAGGGACUGUAUGUAAUAGAGGUGACGAGAGAUGUCAUUGUUCGAGCAGCGGACUGUAAGAAGGUCUACCAGAUCGAACUUGUCCCAAAAGAGAAGAUUGUUGUUCUUGUGUGUGGUCGUAACCAUCACGUUCAUCUGUUCCCUUGGACCUUGUUGGAUGGCUCGGAGGGCACCUUUGACAUCAAGCUACCAGAAUCCAAAGGCUGCCAGUUCAUUACCACUGGAUCCAUAAAGAAAUCGCCCACCUCUUGCUUGUUUGUGGCUGUCAAAAGGCAGAUCCUUUGUUAUGAAAUCCACAGAACUAAACCAUUCCAUAAGAAGUUUAAUGAGAUCUUGGCUCCAGGAAAUGUACAGUGGUUGUCUGUAUUUAAAGACAAGCUUUGCGUCGGAUACCAGUCUGGGUUUUCUCUGUUAAACAUUCAUGGAGAUGGACAAGGCAUACAUCUUGUAAACUCGAACGAUCCCUCCCUUAGCUUCCUGUCCCAGCAGUCCUUCGAUGCCCUGUGUGCGGUGGAGAUAAGCAACAAUGAGUACCUGCUUUGCUUUAGCCAAAUGGGAAUAUAUGUGGAUUCUCAAGGUCGAAGGUCACGCUUGCAGGAGCUAAUGUGGCCCACCACUCCAGUUGCAUGCAGUUGUAAUUCCUCUUAUGUAACCGUGUACAGUGAAUAUGGUAUAGACGUGUUUGACGUGUCCACCAUGGAAUGGGUUCAGACAAUUGGAUUACGACGGAUUAAGCCAUUAAAUGUGGAUGGUACUCUGAACUUCUUGAAUUCUGAGCCGCCUCGUCUUCUAUAUUUGAAGAGUUCAUAUUCAGAGGGUGCAAUGCUCACUGUACCAGAGACAUCCGAUAACAGCAAAAAACAGAUGGUUAGGACCAGGAGUAAGAGGAGAUUUGUCUUCAAAGUGCCCGAAGAGGAGCGGUUACUGCAAAGGAGGGAAAUGCUUAGAGAUCCUGAACUCAGAUCUAGAAUGAUUUCUAAUCCCACCAAUUUCAACCACGUUGCCCACAUGGGGCCCGGAGAUGGGAUGCAAGUCCUCAUGGAUCUUCCACUGAGUGAAUUUGCUUCCCUCUCAUCCUCCCGCAACUCCGCUUUGAUAUCACCUCCGGCAAACUUUGAACACGUCUAUCAUAUGAGCUCUGUCUCUGCAGACAUCUUCCUUGAAAAUGGCCAAGACCUCUCUCUAUCCUCCUCUUCCUGUCUUUCUUCCACUGUCUUAGCAAGGAGCAUUGCGCCACCAUCUCAGGAUGAAAUCCCAAAGGAAAGGACACGACCUUCGUCAACCAAUCUUGCUCGGCAACAGCAACAAAGGAGUAAACCCUAUGUAUCUCGGCCCUCUUCAGGUGCUGGUGAAUUGUCCUCCAGGAGCAUUGGAGAUCCCGACCAGGACAUGGAAAGAGAGCCGGAUUCCGAUUCCACAAAACAUUCCACCCCAUCAAACAGUUCGAACCCAAGUGGCCCACCGAGUCCCAACUCCCCACAUAGAAAUCAGCUAACAUUGGAUGGUAUGGACCAGUCCGCAUGCGAUGCAUAGCAUUCCGCACCGUGGGGACUUCAUGAUGCGAGGUCCCACUUCUGACACAGAAGGAGGCAUUUGUUCCAGAAGACCGUGCCAAGAUAAGAAAUCUCUAGUGUUGCACAAAUCAACCCCCCCAUCUUGUAGAUACAUUUAAAAAAGGAAGAAAAAAAAAGGGUUUAAUAUAUGUGAUCAAGCUUUUAUAUGCAAAAGAAUUCACUGUUUCUAAUAUCAUUUGUUUGUUUUACACUCGAGUGACAAAAUAGGAUUUUUCUUUAUUUGUUUUUAAAUUUUACAUCACCCUUCCUGUGAUGCUGCUAGCUCUGUGGGAGAGAAAGAGGCUGCUACCGUUACUGCUAAACAGCAUCCGAUAUACAAAGUCUCAUUAGGAAAAUGACGCAGACUCUUCUAAAGGAAAUUAAUUACAGAAGAAUUUGGGGUCUUGCAUAGGACUCUAGCACUGGCUUUAUGUGCACAACUGUCUUUUUAACCAAGAGACAAUUUAUUCUAACCACGGAGCUAAUGUAUUAAGAGCAAAUCUGGGAUAACUUGCAGGAUGUGCCAAUGGCGUCUAUGGUGAUUGCUACAUACACAAAACACAACCAUCCCAGAAUUGCUAUUUUUACUUGGCUUCCAUAGUAUUAAUUCUCUUUUAUACUAGGGUGAUUAAUCAGCCUGCUUCUCUCCAGUUUCAUGUGAUCCUGUGCAAGUAUACACAGUUGGAAAGGAAAACAAGGCUAUGUUCGCCUUCGCUAUUAUAGAAUGCAUUUUUGCGCAAGAGCUGGUUUGUGCUGCAGCUUUGUGGGUUUUAAAGGUAUAAACGUAAAUCCGGUCCAUUUAAAAAAAAAAAAAAAUAUUAUAGUUGCACAAAGUUUGCGAAAAAAACAAAAGUAUUAACAAAUCAGUAUUUUGACAAAACAGACUUUUUCGUAAUGAUAAAAUGACGUUAAAUUUUUUUGGUGUCUAUCAUAUAAAAACAGCAUCAUGGCUGUUGUUUACCCCAUUAGCUUUUGUCUUUUAAUAAAAUUGUGAAUGUGAUUUAAACAGUUGAUCCUCUAUCCUAAAUGACUGUGCAGCUCUGUUCUUGAGUAUAGCAGGCUAACUACAGUGAAUUUAGCUUGUUUAAAUGUCCCCUGUAGUUGGGUCUUUACAGUUUUCUACCUUUUUUUUUUUUGGAGUGCAAUUCAGUGCCCCCUGUGAACAAGUCGUGACAGGGCUUUGCAUCUGCUCCAAUUAUGUUAAAUUUUAGGAACACAGGGUGUUUAGUUUGAGUACCUGAGGCACAGAGAUUGGCAUUCAGUGUGUUGUGCUAUGACACUCGGCCAGCCAUAAAAUCAAACCUUGUGUCAUAAGCCACUGCACGUGUACUGCUGUUUUAUACCAACCACUGCCAUUGUGGUGUAUUCCUCUGUCAUCCAGACACUUGAAUUGUUUAAAAAGUUGUCCAAACUGACCUGUGGUUUUAGCCUCAAGCUACCCACCAACACUUUCCCACCUCUGAGUCCGCUAUUACCUCUGAACUAAUGUCCGUAGCCUUUUAUUUUCGAUUGUCAUCAAGAAAACACUACAUUUUAUUUUAUAGAAUAUCCAAUAUUUUAGGAAACUUUUGUCACGGUGAAGACACUCUUUAUUUAUCUAGAUGUACUUCAGAAGCAAAAAUGUAAAAGAAAGGGAUUUCUAUCAUCAUUUGAGCCAUCAAAAUGUUUUACCACCAAAGUGGUUUGUUAAUUAUUUCACUUGCGGAAAAAGCUGAAAUUAUUAUCUGGCCACUCUCGCAUCAAAAUGGGUUAAACAUAUGUAUAUGUGCUGCUUUAUAAUAAAAAAAAAAAAAUUACGAAAAAACAAACAAAAAAAACAUUGUUUUUCCACAUCUCUCCGUGGUUGGAAAAGUAACUCUGACAAAUUGUAUGUACGCUUUGCAUGAGAACCACGUGAUUUUACCUGUUCGAUCAUGUAAAAGUAAAAUUCUCAUUACACAUGUAUAUUUUGUUUCUGUCCAUACAACUGUGUGGCUCUGUGUGUAUAUUUAAUCUCACGCUUCCAUGUCUUACAGAUUGAUUUAUUUUUUAUUUGGCUGGCUUAUCCAUUUUGUCACUAGGGUGCCUUUUUGUGCCAAUUACAUGACAUUUGGAUUGUCACUAACUUAAAUUUGGACUUAUUGGGCUAAUGAUGUAUACCAAUGGCUAACUGUUCCUUUCUGAAACACUGUAUAGGACUUGCACUUAUUUUUAGCUAAGACAAGUGAUAUAGUCUUCAUUUUUUUUGUCCCCAUUUUCUGUUGUGUGAGUGUUCUUCAAAUUUAAUGAAAAGGCUUUGUUGGGACGACACACUACUGCCUAUGGGGUUUAUGAUUUAUACUUUUUGUUGUUUUGUUUAAAAGUCGUCUCUGUAAUUAUAAAUUGUAAGAUUUCUUUUUUUAUUUUAUUUUAAACAAAUUUUUAUUAAACAAGUGACCUGUUACUAAGUCAGCAAAGGGCAGUUUUGAAGUUCAUUCUGGUCUGUUUUCACAAAUUAAAUCAUUUUACAUGAAUGCAAAAUUGUCCUUUGGUUGCGGUCAAAUUAUUUCAUAAAUGUGGAUUAGGACUAUACAAACACAUCUCAUUUGUGAAAUACUGUUCUAGAAAAUUAAUAAAAUGAACACUUGCAACAUC